AUGCCUUCUACCCACAGUGCCUUCUACCCACAGUGCCUUCUACCCACAGUGCCUUCUACCCACAGUGCCUUCUACCCACAUACCUUCUAUCUACUGUACCUUCCAUCUACAGUACCUUCCAUCUACUGUACCUUCCAUAUACAGUACCUUCUAUAUACAGUACCUUCCAUCUACUGUACCUUUUUACAGUACAGUACCUUCUAUCUACUGUACCUUCCAUCUACAGUACCUUCCAUCUACAGUACCUUCUAUAUACAGUACCUUCCAUCUACAGUACCUUCCAUCUACAGUACCUUCCAUCUACUGUACCUUCCAUCUACUGUACCUUCCAUCUACUGUACCUUCCAUCUACAGUACCUUCCAUCUACAGUACCUUCUAUAUACAGUACCUUCCAUCUACAGUACCUUCCAUCUACUGUACCUUCCAUCUACAGUACCUUCCAUCUACUGUACCUUCUAUAUACAGUACCUUCCAUCUACUGUACCUUCUAUAUACAGUACCUUCCAUCUACUGUACCUUCUAUAUACAGUACCUUCCAUCUACUGUACCUUCUAUAUACAGUACCUUCCAUCUACUGUACCUUUUUACAGUACAGUACCUUCCAUCUACUGUACCUUCCAUCUACAGUACCUUCCAUCUACAGUACAGUACCUUCUAUAGUACCUUCCAUCUACAGUACAGUACCUUCUAUCCACAGUACCUUCUAUCUACAGUACCUUCCAUCUACAGUACCUUCCAUCUACAGUACCUUCCAUCUACUGUACCUUCCAUCUACUGUACCUUCCAUCUACUGUACCUUCUAUAUACAGUACCUUCCAUCUACUGUACCUUUUUACAGUACAGUACCUUCCAUCUACUGUACCUUCCAUCUACAGUACCUUCCAUCUACAGUACCUUCCAUCUACAGUACAGUACCUUCUAUCCACAGUACCUUUCUACAGGACAGCACCUUCUAUCUACUGUACAGUACAUUCUAUCUACAGUACCUUCUAAUUACAGUACAGUACCUUCUAUCCACAGUACCUUCUAUCCACAGUACCUUCUAUCUACUGUACCUUUCUACAGUAAAGUACCUUCUAUCUACAGUACCUUCUAUACACAGUACCUUCUAUCUACAGUACAGUGCCUUCUAAUUACAGUACAGUACCUUCUAUCUACAGUACCUUCUAAUUACAGUACAGUGCCUUCUAUCCACAGUAUCUUCUAUCUACAGUACAGUACCUUUAUCUACAGUACCUUCUAAUUAUACAGUACAGUACCUUCUAAUUAUACAGUACAGUACCUUCAGACAGUAUUCACACCCCCCUGACUUUUACCACAUUUUGUUGUGUUACAAAGUGGGAUUGAAUUGCCUUUUUUGUUGUUGUAAACGAUCUAUACAAAAUACUCAAAUAAAUUUAUGGAAAAUUAAACACUAAUGUAUCUUGACUAGAUAAGUAUUCAACAUCCUGAGUCAACACGUUACAAUAACCUUUGGCAGCAAUUAAAGCAGUGAGUCUUUCUGGGUAAAUUGGUAAAGCUUUACACGUCUGGAUUGUACAAUAUUUUUCCAUUAUACUUCCAAAAAUUCUUCAUGCGUUGUCAAUUUAGUUGUUAAUCAUUGCUAAAAUGCCAUUUAAGUCUUGCCAUAGAUUUUCAAGUAAGUCAAAACUGUAACUAGGCCACUCGGUAACAUUCAAUGUGCUCUUGAUAAGCAACUCCAGUGUAUAUUUGCAGACUGAACCAAGUUUUCCUCUAGGAUUUUGCCGGGGGCUUUGCUCUAUUACGUUUCUUUUUAUCCUGAAAAACUCCCUAGUCCUUGCCGAUGACAAGCAUAUCCAUAACAUGAUGCAGCCACCACCAUGCUUGAAAAUAUGAAGAGUGGUACUCAGUGUUGUGUUGGAUUUGCCCCGAACAUAAUUUCUGUGCCACAUUUGUUUUUGCAGUAUUGCUUUAUUGCCUUGUUUGCCAACAGGAUGCAUGUUUUGGAAAAUGUUUAUUCUGUACAGGUUUCCUUCUUUUCAUUCUGUCAUUUAUGUUAGUAUUGUGGAGUAACUACAAAGUUGUUGAUCCAUUCUCAGUUUUGUCCUAUAACAGCCAUUAAACUCUGUAACUGUUUUAAAUUCA